AUGGCGCGGUACGUUGUGCUUAGCUAGGAGGCUAGCAUGUAUAGCAUUUAAUACGCCACGUUUGACCAAAACACUCUCUAAGCGGGGGUUUCACGGUGGACGCUGGUAGAUGGACAUUACUUAACGAAGGUUAAUUCACCGAGCAGUUUGUCGUCUGUGAGCUUUUACUCACGUUAGUCCUCCGUGCGCAUCCACUCGAUUAGCACACAUGCUAGCUCGAACAUAAACUAGCUAGCCGGCAGAACUUGAUGACAGACAGCACCGACCGUUACUCACAACGGAACCAGCGCCAUUCAUAUCGUAACCCAUGGCUUUCUAUGAAGUCUAUUCUCACCCGGCUUUGAUUCGGUACAAGACGAGCGUUUGCACGAAAGCCACCGUCUUUCUUGUUGGGGUUUUGUGUCUUACCUACAUCGCACCGCUGCUGGUCGCUUACAGGAGCCAAGGUUUCUGGAUAAAAAGAAGCACCUAUGAGGAACAGCCGGUUGUGAGGUUCCAGUACCAGGCUCUGCUGGUGGCAGCAACCAGUCCUUUGGGAGACUACGUCGCCUGGAGCACCUACCCCCACCUCAACAACAUGCUCGGGGCCAACCUCCGCAUCCCUGCUAUCUCCGUGAGGGAAGAGGAUAAAAACCAGGAUGGGAAGUUGGACCUCCUGAUUCUUCAGCUGCAGCUACCUCUAAAACCUGAGGAACAGGUGUACAGUGUCCAGCUGCUGCUCACCUUCAGCUACCAGCUCUUUCGGAUGUCCACAGUGGUGAUGCAGAGCCUGGCCUAUGUGCAGCACUCUUCCUCUGUCCCUGGAGCUAAGCUCUUCAUCAGUGGAGACCUGAGGCUGCAGCAGAGGACACCCCUGCCUCACCGGGGACUGUACAACAUUUACAACGUGUCAGUGAUCGAUGGCUCCAGCCCCUUUGCGAGUGCGUAUGACCUUGACAACAUAAUUAGGAGCUACCAGGACAGAAACUUGACCACAGUGCUGUCCUGUCCCAUGCCAGUCUGGACUGUGGGACGAGCUGCCGGUUCUCCGUUUGAGCUUAACGCUGAGAUCCGUUACCCUGUGGAGGUCAUUAGCUAUCGCCCCGGCUUCUGGGAAACCAUCAAAUUUGCCUGGAUCCAGUACGUCAGCGUCCUCCUCAUCUUCCUCUGGGUCUUUGAACGUGUCCAGAGAUUUGUUUUCCAGAACCAGGUUCUGACCACCGUACCCAUACCUGUAGGAAAACCUCACCAGUCAUGAUUCAGCAGUAGCGCUUGGACCUUAAGGACUCUACUCAGACGCCUCCUCUGCCGGAGCGACACUAGUUAAUGCAGAGGAAAAUGCAUUUCUUCAAUUUUUUUGCUGUUUGAAGAAGAAAUAUAAAUUUUAAAACAUAUUUUUACUAGUUGUCUGUUCAUGACCAUUUGUGUUAAAGAUAUGUCUGUUAAUGUGUUUAUUUUUAUAUUGUACCUACCUUUAGA